AUGGCUGUAAAUUUUAAUGAUCCAGACUGUGGCUUCUUUCAGAGAGAGGUUGUAGAUUUCAUAAAUAAGCAGCUACUUCGAGGUGGAGUUCGCCCGUACUUUUACAGGAUGCAGAUGUGUGAGUCCUGGGGUGAAAUGGAAGAGAAGUUGCGGGACAUCCUGACGGACUCAGCAAUAUCGAGAGCCAUCAAGGAGGCUUGUGCUUGGGGCACCCUGGCCCUGGCAGUACGCUUCGCACGGAGGCAGAAGAGGGACGAUAGAGAAAAGGUAAAAAAGCUCCAGGAUCAGCUGGAGGAGCAGAAGGUGUUCUCUAAUGCUUUGGUAGGGAUGGUGAAUAGACUCAGGGAUAAGCAAAAAAGAGAAAAGGAGAUUGCCCAGCUCCAACUUCAACAAAAUCUCACGAUCCUUCGUAGAGUAGAGGAAGAACGAAAUUUACUCAGGAAUGCGCUUCUUAGGGUGUUAAGGUCUCAGUUUCAGAAGCAGGAAAGAACAGAGGAAUUGGAGAAGGGAAAGGAGACACAGACAUUAGGCACGCUUGCUUUUGCUCCUGAUGCAGUCAGUUACUGGACAAGGGAGGGGGCCACGCAGGGAGCAGGCCCGGGGACUGCUGCUACUCCUAUGACUGCGGCUAUAGGGGGAGAGGCAAAGGGGCAGAAAGUGAUUUCCAUAUGGGGGAAUGACCAGGAGGUACCUGUUUUUCCUUGCUCUGAGAUCUUGAGGGCCUGGACCCAGGCUGGUCAGCUGCUGCCCUUUAGUCUCUCUGAAUCCUCUUACUCAUUCCUACCGACGUAUUCUCUCCCAGGAGCAGCAACAAAAGCUGCAGCCGUUCCUCUUGUGAAAAAUUCCCUGACUAGCUGGAAGGGUAAGCAUCUCCAUACCAGGAAGUUCUUGCCAGAGAGGUUUAAGCAAGAGGCUGGCAUCUGUCACUCUGCAAAAGAUACCAUCAGGCGCAAAGUAGGGGACUGGGACUGUGACCAGUGUUCUAGGAUCAAUUUCUCAUGGCGAAAGAUGUGUUUUAAAUGUAAAAAGUCCCGGUACACAGAGGAAAGUGGAGGCUCUGCCCGCAAUUAG